CCAAACUCUACGAAAUCCUACAGCAGCACCCUCACCCUAAUAUUUGUGUUUACUAUGGAUGCGUCCGUGACGGUGACCACAUCAUCACCAUAUGUUUGAAAAGUACACACGCAAUCUCAUGGAAGCAGUUUGGAAAAGUGAUCCCACCCUGAACCCUGCUGCGAUUCUUGAUGGUAUUUCAAAAGGGCUAACUUUUCUACAUGAGACGCUUGGUCUUGUGCACAAUGAUAUCAACCCCGCUAACAUCAUGCUUGAUGAUGCGGGAGUUCCUGUAAUAAUCGAUUUCGACUCUUGCAUACCAAUUGGGGAGGAGAUGGUGAUGAAUUGCAAGGGGGGAACAAUUGACUGGCCAGUGGAGCCAAUGCCGACAAUUGCUCUUCCAGAAAAUGAUAUAUAU